ACAGGGAGAAGCGACAGCCGUGGACCGGAGUGACUCAGACGAUUGUCAUAAUAGUGGCCUAUGCUGUAGGAAAUAUAGAGAAUGAAUAGCUCAUAACAAUUUUAUUUUAAGUGGAUUUCCGUAAAGCAGUCAUUGGUGUCACAGCCCUAAAUUUCAAAGACAUCACCCCGUAAGGGCAUGGAAAGGCUGACUUUGAGAGCAGGGAGAAGACAGCCUAAUCAGGAUAAUGACACUGGCCGAAAUGAGAAUGCCAACAGAGGAAGAAGGGGAGGACGAGGAAGAGGUGCACAGGGAAACAGGGUAGAGAACAGAGGGAAUGAUAGUGUAGCGGAGUGUCAGGGAGUAGGGGAAGGAAGAAGGUGGCCACAAAGCAAUGGGAGAGGUCAAGGUCAAAGAGAAGACAUCGAUGGAGGAGAAGGGACAGGGGGCAGAGGGAGAGGGAGAGGCAGAGGAAGAGGAAAAGGAGCAGGAGGAGUAGACCCAGGGGGAGAUGGAGGGAGAAGAGGAGGAAGAGGAGGCGGUAGGGGAGGAAGAGGCAGAGGGGAGGGUGCAGAGAGAGGAAGAGGUGCGAUAAGAGGCAGAGGAGGAAGAAAUGGAGAACAAGGUAUACCUGAAAGAGGGGGAGUAAGAGGGGGUAGAGGGGCUGAAAGGAGAGGAGGACAACAUAUGGAGAGAUUUGGAGGCAGAGGUGCAGAAAGAAGAGAUGGCAGUGCAGGAGAGCUGAACACAGGGAGAUCAAAUUCCACAGGUGGGGGUGGCCACAGAUUGGGCUACAAAGCAUUAGAAGAGCUCUCUGGAAAAGACCCAUCAGAGGUGGCCAUCACGCUCUCUACUAACCCUGCCCUGCCAGGCCUUUUGGAUGAGAGAGCAAUGAGGCAGGACCUAGUGCAACUCCUCUGCUUGACACUGAGCAAUGCCUUCAAAUCACAGAGAGACAGGGGCACCCUACAACAUCUGGCCAGCAUAAUCAAAGACUCAGGAUUCCUCCGAACCAUCCUACCCCACUAUCUGGUGGGCAUGGGAUCAGAGUUCAGACCCGACCGCAGGGAACAGUACCCACAGCAUCUGGACAACAUCCUGGCACUUCUGUCCAAUGUGCUCAACAUCUUCCCGGCUAGCUCAGUCCAGGCAGUAUCUAUGCUGGUGACUCUGCUUCAAGCUUCCAUCAACAUCCUCAGGGCAUUAGGUGUGGGCAUCGAGCCUCAAACAGAGGAGAAAGUAGAGAAUCUCCAGGGCCUCAUCAACCACCUCCAGGAAAGAUCCAGGGAGGGGACCCUCCGCUCAGACAAGGACAAAUAUGCCCUUCUACCCACUGGUGGUGAUAACCCAGAUGGGGAACACCAGCAGAACUUCAGAAACCUACCCAUUUACCCAACACCCGAGGAGCUCCAUCAGGACCAGAAACCCAUCCUUAGACCGAACCUCAUCUCUCAGCGCUACACCAACACCCACAUCUACCUUGAUACACACUUCCGGCUGCUGAGAGAAGACUUUGUGCAACCACUGCGUGAAGGGAUCCAGCAGUUGCUUUCAAGCCAUCUCAACAUGGGAAGGAACGACACCCCACUAAAGAGAAAGCGCUUUGAUGAUAUCAGAGUGUAUUUUGACACUCGACUGAUGGUGCCACAGUGCACAAAUGCAGGCCUAGCCUAUACUGUUCAGUUCGACUCUAAGCCUCUUGAGUUUGUGCGCUGGCAGAAUUCCAAGAGGUUGCUCUACGGUUCCCUGGUCUGCCUGUCAUGUGAUAACUUUGAGAGCACCCUGUUUGCCACAGUGUCAGACCGGGACCCCAAUGAUCUGCAGAGGGGCCAGGUCCAGAUUAUCUUUUCUGAAGAAAGCAGAGUCAAGUUGGCCAGAAUUGAGAAAGACCAGUCGUUCCUAAUGGUGGAGACAACUGCCUACUUUGAGGCCUACCGUUAUGUUCUGGAGGGCCUACAGGAGCAUGAUGAGGCUGAUGUGCCCUUUCAAAGGUACAUAGUGGAAUGCAGCCCAGAUGUGCGGCCUCCAGCUUAUCUGGCAAGAGGAGAUACUUGCGAUCUGUCAUCCAUUGCUGACCCUGAGUACAAGCACAGCAUCAAGCCUUUUCACAGUCUGAAGCCAGAGGCCUGGCCUAGGAUGGAGGAACUGGGCCUGGAUGAGUCUCAGAUGAGAGCCCUCCAGAUGGCCCUCACCAAAGAGCUGGCCAUCAUACAGGGACCUCCUGGCACUGGAAAAACCUAUGUUGGCCUGAAGAUUGCCCAGGCUCUAUUAACUAAUGAGCACCUUUGGAGCAAUGGAACUCCAGUGCUGGUGGUGUGUUACACGAACCAUGCCCUGGAUCAGUUCCUUGAAGGCAUCCAUAGGUUUUUGCCACGGGGCAUAGUGAGAGUUGGAGGCCGCAGCAACAGUGAUAUCCUGAAGCGUUUCACUCUGCGGGAGCUGACCCAGUCACAUGGCUUCAGACGCAGUCUGCCAGGUCAUCUGCGUUUUGCUUGCAGUGAGAUUUAUAAGAGGCUGCGAGAGGUGGAGACAGAGAUCGAGAGUCACGGUAAGAGGCUGGAGUGUAGUCUGAAGGGGGUCCUGCGAGAAACCUUCCUACAGAAGUUCAUUUCAGAGAUGCACUGGAUCAGCCUGCACUCACCGCCAAGUCUGGAUGAUCUCAUGACCUUUGCUAAGAAGAAAUCCUCUGUGAUGAUGGAGUGGUUGGCUUUGGACUGUGUCUUCCAGCAGAGGGAGACAGAGGAUGCAAAUCCAGAUGAAGAUAUGGGUGCAGACGAACCAAUGGAGGUGGAGGAAGAAGACCUCCUUGAAAUUGCAGAGGAAGCAGAUCUGAUCCAGGCAGAACGAAUGAUUGAAGACAACUAUCAUCACAGAGAUGAGGAAAGGAAGAGGGAUAUGAGGAAGGCCAUCAGAGAAGUAGAAGAAUUGAUGCUGGCUAUGAACCUUGAAAAAACCGUAAUACAGGCUGAGCAGAGUAAUGAGGAAUUUCAGAUGCAACGGGUCCAGAAGAAAAGAAUGAAGAAAAAAAUCAGGAAAGAGCUCAGUCAGAGCUCAGCUAUGACUGAAACAGAGGAACGCACCAUCUUGGAUGUCUGGACCCUCAAUCUGCAAGACAGAUGGAGGCUGUAUCGGUUGUGGGUGACGCGCUUCAGGGUAGAGCUUCGUACCAAAGCCCUAGAGUCUGAGCGAGCCUAUCAGAAUGCAGUAGACAGAUUAGCUGAUGUGCGGCGCCGUGAGAGCCUCUGCCUUCUCAAGGAAGCCAAGGUCAUUGGCAUGACAACAACAGGGGCGGCCAAGUACCGGAAGGCUCUACAGGAAGUGCAGCCACGGCUGGUGAUUGUAGAGGAGGCUGCAGAAGUCCUGGAGGCCCAUACCAUCACCACGCUGAGCCAUGCCUGCCAGCACCUCAUCCUCAUAGGAGACCACCAGCAGCUGCGUCCCAGUGCCACGGUAUACGAACUGGCAAAGAACUUCAACCUGGAGGUUUCCAUGUUUGAGAGGCUGGUGAAGAUGCAGUUUCCCUAUGUCAGACUCAACUACCAGCAUCGUAUGGCACCAGAAAUUGCCCGUCUCCUGACCCCACACAUCUACUCUGAGCUGGAAAACCACUCCUCUGUUAUGAACUAUGACAACAUCAAGGGCCUUAAUACAAAUUUGUUCUUUGUGGAGCACAACUACCCAGAGGAAGAGAUCAAAGAUGGAAGAAGCCAUCAGAACCGACAUGAGGCCAUGUUUGUAGUUUCUCUUUGCCGUUACCUCGUCUUGCAGGACUACAAACCAGAGCAAAUUACCAUCCUCACAACCUAUACUGGCCAGCUGCACUGCCUGCGCAAGCUUAUGCCUGCCAGUCGCUUUUCAGGGGUCAAAGUACAUGUGGUGGACAAGUACCAAGGAGAAGAGAAUGACAUUGUUCUGUUGUCCCUGGUUCGCAGCAACAAGCAGGGCAAGGUUGGUUUCUUAAACAUCCCCAAUCGUGUAUGUGUAGCCUUGUCACGAGCCAAGAAAGGUCUCUAUUGUAUUGGCAACAGUGCAAUGCUGGGCCAGGUAAAAUUGUGGAGCAACAUCUUUCACACACUCAGAGAGAAGGGCCAGAUUGGCACGGCUCUGACCCUAAGUUGUCAGAACCAUCCAGACAGACAGAUCAAAGUGUCCUGUGCCGAGGAUUUCAACCAAGCCCCUGAGGGAGGCUGCAAACAACCCUGUGAGUUCCGUUUGGAUUGUGGCCAUGUUUGCACAAGUGUAUGCCACCCUUAUGACCCUGAGCACAAAAAGUACAAGUGUGGCAAGAAGUGUCAGAGAACUUUAUGUGAUCUGGGACACAAGUGCACUUUUGUGUGUCACAAACCCUGUCCUAAGGAAUGUCCAGUGAUGGUUGAGAAGAUCAUACCUAAGUGUCAACACAAACAGAUGGUUCCUUGCCACAAGGACCCACAGAUGUUUGUAUGCCAGGAGCCCUGCCAGAAGAUACUCCCAUGUGGACACCAGUGUGAUUCAGUUUGUGGGGCUCCAUGCACUAGUAUGUGCAAGGUGAAAGUCAUGUUAAAACUAUCCUGCGGGCACAGUCAACAAGAUGCUUGCUAUUACAAAGAAAUGGGACAAGAACCUGACUGUCGGACCCCAUGUAACCAGCAGCUAAAAUGUGGCCACAGCUGUACUGGUAAUUGCCACCACUGCUAUCAAGGGUGCUAUCAUGAACCCUGUUUUCACAAGUGUGAACGUCUCCUCAUUUGCUCCCACAAGUGCAGGGAACCCUGCACCCGUGAUUGCCCCCCCUGUAGGAUGCCAUGUGAGAAUCGCUGUGUCCACAGUAAGUGUACAAAGCCCUGCGGGCAGCCCUGUGCUGCUUGUGCUGAGCCCUGCGCUUGGCAGUGCCCUCACCAGAGCUGUAGUAAGCUUUGCCAUGAGCCAUGUGAUCGUCCACCAUGCAACCAACCCUGUGGGAAGAUCCUGCCCUGUAACCACCCCUGCAUAGGCCUGUGUGGAGAGGAAUGCCCAAGUAAAUGUCGUCUCUGUGAUCAUGAUGAGAUCACAGAGAUUUUCUUUGGCACUGAGGAUGACCCUAUGGCUCACUUCAUUCAACUGAGGGACUGUGGACACAUCUUUGAAGUCACAGGCAUGGACCACUACAUGGGUAUGGAUGAGAAUCAGCAGGGUAAUGAAGAAGAGCAGGUGGCCAUAAAACUGAAAGAGUGUCCCAGGUGUCGAACCCCAAUCCGCAAGAACACCCGCUACGGAUCCCAUAUCAACCGUAGUUUGGCUGCAAUAGACAAGGUAAAGGAGAAGAUAAAUGGACCUCAGACAGAUAUUGCACAGAAGACAGCAGACCUUAAAAAACAAUGGAGAGAAAAUGAAGGCAUGUCAACGGUUAUGAAAGAUGAAUAUAUGCAAAUCAGCAACAGAUUGACAGCCUCCUAUCUCACAGCAAAUGACCUGUGGAUCCUGGAGAACAAGAUGGCUCUCCUAAUGAAAGUUGAAAAGCUACUGCAGAUUCAAAUGAAACAAAUGUCUGUGAUGCAAGGUAUCAGUUUUCAGGAGAAAGUUGAGAGGUUCCUGAAGUGGCUUAUGAACCCCCAACAAAAAUUCACAGACCAGCAGGGCUCAGAUUUGGAAAGGGAGCUGGUGAGACUCUCCUUCUUGGCUGAACUCAAUGCCCGUUGUGAAAUGGCAGAAAAAAGAGGCCUAGGUCUCAAAGUUCACCUUGAGAUACGUUUUAUAAGGAAGUUUCUGGAAAAGCUUGGCCAAUUCACUGAGCAAGAUGAACACCUGGUGAAACAGGCCUUAAAGGAUCUGGAGGACAAGCUGCCACGCACAGGCCUUGGGAUCAGUGAUGAAGAGAGAAAGAUGAUUGUCUCAGCAUUUAAAAUGCCACCUGGACAUUGGUACAAAUGUGCUAAUGGCCAUGUCUAUCUUAUAACUGAGUGUGGAGGGGCUAUGGUGAGUCGACGCUGUCCCGAUUGCAAUGCUACUAUUGGGGGGGAGAGCCAUGCACUGGCCGCUGGCAACCAAGUUGCCACAGAGAUGGAUGGGUCACAGCACCCUGCUUGGUCUGAGGCCAACAACAUCCUAAACUUUGAACAGUUGGACCUUUGAUGCCCAUUUUCAUGUUGAGUUGCAAAAUAACUUCCAGCUGAAGGCAAUAAUUUUCUGACAUAUUAAUGUAAAUAAAUGUACAAAAUGCUAUUCAGUAGUUUCAGUAUAACAAUCCAUGCUUGUUUGUUUGGGGGCAUGGCAGGACUUGCAGCGCUCUUGCAAAAUGAUGGCUAGGAAAUACAGAAUCCCACAGCAAUGAAUGGAUGAAUAUAUAAACAAAUCACAGAUUAUCAAUUUAAGUGUGUAAUUGUGAAUUUUUUAAAAAACAUUUUUAUAUAGGCAUAUCAUACAUCUUAGCAUUAAUGUAGUGCAGUCAUUUUUUUGUCAUUGUCAUUUCAUUUUUUCAGUAUUAUUUUUUCCCCAUUUCAUAAGCAUGUUAUAUUAUCAAUAUCCUAAGUUUUUUUGUUUUGUUUUGUUUUAAUAUUGA